AUGCUGGCUAGAUAUUACAUCACGAGAGUGCAUGACAGACAAGCCACUGGUGGUGGACCGGCUUUAUAUGAAGAUGAUGCAAAGCCAUGGGAGAAACUUAUUAUUGGAACAUUCACAAGGAGCGCGGUGGAAGGGGUUUCUGGAGGAGUAGAUACUUCUCAGUCAAGUCUCAGUGUAUUGGAGAAAGAGGGCUCAUCUAUGUUGGAGGCUAGUGGAGCUACAAGCCAGACUUCCUUUAUACCAGAUAAUACAAGCACAAGCUCCAACAUGCAUGUAACUACAUGUACAGCAGAAGAAGCAUCAAUUUCAGUGGAAGACGCUUCAACCAAAACCAAGCCAAUUCUUCAGUUCAAGAAGAAUAGAAAAAUAUCUCUAUAUAACAGUGAAAGUACAGGUAACUUGCAGGAAGAUUUUUAUCUUCUUGAGAAAGAGAAGUUCAAGUAUUUGAAAGAGUAUAAAGAAAAGAAAAUCAAGCUGCAGGAGAAAUUACUGGAGCAGCAGGAGGAGAUGCUACAGCUACAGAGGAAAUCUACAACUGCACUUGAAUUACUAGAUGUGAAAAUUCAGCCUGGACAGUCAUUUGAUUUUCAAUCAUCCAUGUCCCCAUUUUCAGUUUCCCCUGUUAUUGGUUUGGGCAAAUGA